UUCUCAUUAGAUAAGUCAUGACAAAGAUUUAAGAGUCUUGAAAUGGAUCAAACAAGUAUGAAUAUAUCAAAUAUAAAGAGCUUUAAAUUAAAUACCUGGGAACUAACUUGGUAUUCAUUGAUUGCAGUUUUAGGAAUAAUUGGAAAUGGCGUUGUAAUGGUUGUUGUACUUUUAUCUAAAAAUAUUAAUCGCACAUCAUCGUUUCAUAUUGCCAUAUUUUCAUUAGCCUUUGCUGACUUUAUGGUAUCUUUAUUAAGCUUACCAACUUAUAUUAUGUCAACUGAUACCUUUAAAAAUUAUCAUCCCCAAAACAUUAGUGGUGAUUUGAUGUGUAUAUUUAUUACCGGUUAUUCUUUACCAUAUUGGUUUUUAGAUGCUUCAGUUUAUUUACUCGUAUUUAUUUCAAUUGAAAGACGGAACACAAUAUUGUAUCAAAAAUUUUUAUUGCUUCAACAUAAAUCUACAAAGUCAAAAAUUGCAACAAUGGUUUUAAUUUUUUUAAUUGCUUUUAUCAAAGAAUCUUUUGGAGCAUCGUUUUUAAUAUAUGAUCCAAACGAAAAACAAUUUGGAAAUUUUUGUAAAUAUUGUUUAGACAAAAACAAGCAAAUGAUCCUUACUAGCUGUAUUGUUAUUUUAGACACAGUAAUACCUGUUGUUAUUGUUUCUUUAUGUUUUUACCAAAUCUCUUUGUCUCUUAAAAGAAUUGGAGUCUUUUUAGGAAAAUCUAUGAAAGUCAAUAAAAUUGAUAUUAUACAUAUUCGUAAAGUCAAAACAAUAAAAACAAUCAAAAUAAUAGCAGUUGCUUUCUGCAUUUGUGUUUUACCGAACAGAAUACUUUUAGUUCCCAGUACUCAACAUCAAAGAAUGGAAUGGAAUAACUGGAUCUCCCAAGUUUUUGUUUUAAUGCGAUUAUCAAACUCUUUUAUAAACCCUUUGAUAUUCUGUUUUCAGAGUCAACAGUUUAGAAAAAAUUUGUCAAUAGUGUUUUACCGGUUUUACAAACGAAAAUCUAUAACAUCAAACAAAGGCAAAAAACAAUCAAAUGGUUACCAACAGUUGCCAGAUAUGACUUUUUAAUACUAAUCAAAAUUUUUGGACUAUAUUAUAAUAAUAAAAACAUACAAUUAAUAUUAUAAUACAUACAAUGAAUAUAUCCGUAAAGCCUGAA